ACCCAUCCCUGCAAAAGAAGCCCCCUUUCCCUCAGUCCUUGUUGGAGCAGAAACGAUUCACUCAUAGCGGCUUCUCCGCCCAACACCUUCCUUCAGUUCCUCUUCGCCGCCGUUAGCCACCACCACCCUAGCCAAUCUCCUCCUUGUCCUUAUCUCUCAAACCCAUCGCACCUAUCUCGCCACAUAGAAGCUUUAUCUCAAGCCCAUUGCACCUCCACACCACACAGAAGCCUCAUCUCAUAAACCCCAUCGCACCCCCUCACCACACACACCCUGCCAAAUAACCAGUUUUCAAUUUGAAGGGUCAGACUUGGACUUUUGCAUAAGUGUUGGGCAACUGUUUUCUGCUCUGAAGCAGCAAUUGCAAUGCGGGGAGUUUCUACACUGUCUUACCUUGUUGGUCAAUUAACUCGGUUUGGCACUAGGGUCCAAACCCAAAGUUCUAGUUGGUAUGCAAUGAAACAAAUUCAAAUAUCUAACCAAAACAUUGCAAAAGGUAUGUCAUCAUUUGAGGGUCAACCCAAGAAUGAAAUACUGGAAAGGUAUCCAGAACAAAAAGCUGAAAGUUUAAGGAAACAUCAAAUUGGGGAGAAUAUUUCAAGAAAGGAUAAGAUCAAUUUUCUUGUAAGCACACUUCUUGACCUCAAGGAUAGUAAAGAAGCUGUUUACAGUUGUCUUGAUGCUUGGGUUGCAUGGGAACAAAACUUUCCUAUUGCAUCACUUAAGCAGGCUUUGUUUGCUCUUGAGAAGGAACAACAGUGGCAUAGAGUUGUUCAGGUUAUUAAAUGGAUGCUAAGCAAGGGCCAGGGAUCUACAAUGGGAACAUAUGUGCAACUGGUGCGAGCUUUAGAUAAGGAACAUAGAGCAGAAGAAGCACACAAGUUUUGGAUGAAAAAAAUUGGUACUGAUCUGCAUUCCGUGCCUUGGCAGUUAUGCAACAGCAUGAUCUGUAUAUAUUACCGAAACAAUAUGCCAGAAAGGCUCAUAAAGCUUUUCAAAGGCCUUGAAGCGUUUGAUCGUAAGCCUCCAGAGAAAUCAAUUGUGCAAAAGGUGGCAGAUGCAUAUGAGAUAUUAGGCUUACCAGAAGAGAAAGAGAGGGUACUAGAGAAGUACAACGAUCUGUUUACCAAGACAGAGAAAGAAGGCCGAAAAUCUAAGGCAGCAUCUAGGAAAAACAUGAAAUCAAAGCAUCGGAAAGACACAAGAAUUUCUGAUGGUGUUACAGAAGCUUUAGAUGACAUACAAUAAGGUCAAGUAUUACUGUGAACUCGUUUUCUCUGUUAUUAGAAUCUUGGGAUAGUCUUUCUUCAUUGUA